AUGAAAGGUCGCUGGAAACGUCUUAAUGAAAAUGGAAACAAAUGGGUUGCUGCUUGCAGGGAAGCAAACGCUCGAAGAAAGAGUGGGAUAAGCGACAACGAUGUUGAGAAAGAAGCUCAUUCCAUUUACGAAGCAGGUGGAAGCGAGUUUCUAGACUUGGUUGUAUUCAAUGAAGUUAUGAGACAUCAAAUUUCAACAACCAACAGGAGAUAUUGUGAUAUGGAACGCGAGUUUGGUGCAGAGCGUUUGAUCAACGACUACUUUAGUGACAACCCAACACGAGAUGCCACCGACAGAGUAGGUCUUUCAUCAUUGCAGAAAUGUACUGGAGCCAUGCGAGUGUUGGUGUAUGGGACAUCUUCCGAUGUUGUCGAUGAGUAUUUACGAAUGAGUUCAUCUUCGACAAGAGAUGCUUUAGUCCAUUUUAUGGAAGGUGUUAUUUCUUGCUUCGGUGGUACGUAUCUCAGAAGGUUUAAUGAACAAGAUUUGGCAAGGCUGCUCUACGUUGGAGAACAACGUGGUUUCCCAGGCAUGAUUGACAAUAUUAAUGCUUGGGCCGGUCAAUAUACAAGGAGAAGUGGAACACCAACGAUCAUUUUGAAAGUUGUUACUUCAUACGACUUGUAG